AGUUGGAGCCGCGGCUGUGCCGCGCAGCCGGGAGCGACCGCCCGCUCUCGCGGGUUCCUUCUCGGCGUCGGGAAGUCGCCGGAGUUUUUUGUUUUUGUUUUUUUCUCCCCCUAAACGGUCAUCCAAUUUUAUAAUCCCAAUAACCUGAUCUCCCGCUCCUCCCCACCAGCCUGCCUCCGCCCUCGCUUUUUCCUUCCUCCCUCCCAUUUCCACCUCCUCGGCCCCCGCGGAGGGGAAACCCGGCCGCCGCCCGGGCAGGGGUGUCCGAGCCCGGGGCGCUGGGGGUGGGGCAUAGGCGGUGUCCUCCGUGUGCGCGGAGAAGCCCCGCCGCCUAGCAGCGCGCCGGGCCAUUCGCAUCACCAGGCAUCUUGUUCCCAAAUUAAACGUCCGCUGGGGGGACUUGGGCGGACGGACCUCCUCUCCGGCUCCUCCCGGUUCCCCCGCCCCAAGUCCGCCGGGGAGGCUGCCUGGCGCGGAGGCGGCGGCCGCAGGGGCCGAGGCAAUCUGUGGGCGACCGCAUCUGCCGGGGACUUUACCAUCAGUCCUCCAGGACUUGGGGAGAGAAAGCCCGUAGCUCCCCAUCCCCUACUGCUCCACCAUUUCGGACACCCCACAGGCACCCGAUUUGGUGUUCCGUCUGACUUCCAAGAAGGACUCGAGCUCCUCUCUGACUCCAGCUUGGGCAACCACCUGUCUUUGCCGUGGUGACCCGUUUUCCCAUGACCCUGCGGUGCCUUGAGCCCUCCGGGAAUGGUGCGGAAGGGACACACAGCCAGUGGGGGACCGCCGGGUCGGCGGAGGAGCCGUCCCCGGAGGCGGCGCGUCUGGCGAAGGCCCUGCGCGAGCUCGGCUACACAGGAUGGUACUGGGGAAGUAUGACUGUUAAUGAAGCCAAAGAGAAAUUAAAAGAAGCUCCCGAAGAAACUUUCUUGAUUAGAGACAGUUCACAUUCAGACUACCUACUAACAAUCUCUGUUAAAACAUCAGCUGGACCAACCAAUCUGCGAAUUGAGUACCAAGAUGGGAAGUUCAGGCUGGAUUCUAUCAUAUGUGUCAAGUCCAAGCUUAAACAAUUUGACAGCGUGGUUCACCUGAUUGACUACUAUGUGCAGAUGUGCAAGGAUAAGCGGACGGGUCCAGAAGCCCCCCGAAACGGGACCGUUCACCUUUACUUGACCAAACCGCUGUACACGUCCGCACCCUCCCUGCAGCAUCUCUGCCGACUCACCAUUAACAAAUGCACCGGGACGGUCUGGGGCCUGCCUUUACCAACAAGACUGAAAGAUUACUUGGAAGAGUAUAAAUUCCAGGUGUAAGUGUUUCUCUUUUUCUAAACAUGCCUCAUUUAGAGUAUCUCCAAAUGCAGCUAUGUAAAAGAGAACCAAAACUUGAGUGACUGCCCUGAAACACUGCACAGAAUCCUCGCUAAGAGCAGCUGAAGUCAGUCUAAUUUAAACCCGUGAAGCGUAAGCUAGGUAUUUAAAGUUCCCUUAGAUAGUUCCGCCUACCUGAGCAAUGCUUCCUUUCCUAAGGUUAACCAACACCGGUUGGCCCAUUUAAAUUCAAAAAAUAAAAUGUCCCAAAGUAAAGGCUGAGGGAGCAUUUUAUCAGAACACCUUGCCUUUCUGAAGUUCCUUUGCAUUAGGUCAAAGGUCUAAGCUCCAAGCUCCAAGCUCCAAACUCCAAACUCCAAGCUCCAAGCUCCAAGCACCCAUAGGUAGUAAAGAGCUCAGUACUUAAGAGAGAAACCAGGCUGACGCAGGCAUGACUUCAGUGCCGAAUGCCUGCUGGUCAGUCUGUUCUGGGAUGUUUUAUAUUUUGCAUCCUUGUGUACCGAGGAAUUUUGUUAAAAAGACUAUGCUUGUAUUUAUCCCUCCUUUUAUGCAAUUAACCAAACCAACCAAAACAAGUGACCAUGAAAUCCUGUAUUUGUCUUUUUACUACACGUAUGAACUCUCUCCAAUGAAUGAGUACUGUAGUAAUCUACUCUAAGGGAGCCUUAAUUCAGAAAUAUUUCAAACUGGUGCAAAUGGAAAAGAUUUUCUCUUUUCCUUUAAGGCUAAUGACAAGAAUGUUAUGCUAUACAGGUGCAAUUUAAUCCCUGUUUGUAGAAACCAAUGUA